AUGGAGGUUCUUGAACACUUAAAAGUGCUGACGUCGCUAAAGUAAUCACUAGAAAUGUUCAGGAACUUCCAGGGCGCGUCCACUUUACGUUACGGAGGUCCAAGAUCUUUCAUUUCUUUUCAGUAAUAAUUUUGAUUUUUGUAGUUACCAUUGAGUCCAAGCUAAGAACUCCAUAUUAGAAUAGUUUUGAUGGAUCCAAAUUCCGAAAAUUUGUACUUCGCAUUCCUAGCAGCAUAAGUAGGGUCCGCAAGCCAUUUCUUCAAAACGAUCCAAAAAAUAUGUUUUUCACAUUGUUCGAUAGAGGAGACUGUCCAUUUUCAUAAUCCGUUCAGUUUUAGAAAAAAGCUCCACUAAGAAAAAAGUUAUGGCCAAAAAACUAACGCGCGCGGCGUACAACUGGAGGCAAAAUCUCACGGUUUACCCGCCGCCGCACGCUUUCUUUUUAAAUGUUUUUACGCAUUUCUGAACCGUUUUCGAAUCGGUUUUUUGUUCUGAGAGGCUGUCCGAACUAAGCUUCAUGUUUUGGUAUGAAUCUUUUGUACAAUCCUCAUAAGAAUUUUUUUGACAAAAUAUCAAAAAAACUACUUAGAAAAAAAGGUCAGAAGGAAUUUUUCAGCUUAUUUUUUUCUUUUUUUCUAAUCAGAAAAAAAUUAUUAUCAUUUGGUUUGGAAAAAAAGAAAAAAAUGAAAAAAAUAAUGUUAUUUCGAAAUAAAACAGGAAAAUGUGCAAUUUGACUCCAAAAAAAACAGCUCCUGCAAUAUUUAAAAGUGCGCAUCGGUGUGUUUGACGCAAACACUGCUACGGACACUUGCACGAAUUCUUCCAAAAUUUCAAAAAAAAUUGCCAUUUUUUCGAGGUUUUCAAAGCCGUUAUUUUUUUCGCGUCGUUUGAUUUUUUUCAUAGUUUUUUUGAUUGAUAGAGUUUUGAACGCUUAAUAAUAUAAUCAAAAAGUAUAGAAGCGAUCCUAUUCUCUCAUGCGUCAACGAGGCAGACGAAAAAAAGGAGGUUUUUGGUAAUAUUCAAAUAUAAUUUGAUUCGCUGUCCCAAUAAUUAUUUUUCAUUCUGAAUUUUUUUAUUCUUGAACACAUUGUGAGUUUUUAAAACAAAUAAAAAGUAUACCAUGUCGCUGAAAUUUUUUCGCAUUUCAGCUUCAAACUUUGGUGUCACUUUACAAGCUUCGAUUUUUUUUUCGCGUCGUUAGAUUUUUUUAAAUUUUUAUUCAAAAAAUAAAGAAAGUGUUAAUGUAUAACAUACUCAAAAUUCAGAAGCGUUCCUCACUUGGUUUUCUGAAACGCGACGAUUUUGUGAAACUUGUCAGUUUUUUUCGUGUUAAAUCUUACUUUUUCGCUUAUUUUUGAAAAAUACAUAGUUUUAAAAGUAUUCAGUCUUGUAGAGCGUUGUCGAUUACAUAGAUUAACAGAAACAGUUCAUUUUUAAAGUGGGACUUUAGCUAGUAUAAACGCCUCGAAACCGUUUCUGCAACAAAAAAAUCGUCAUUUUGGUGGCGUGAAGGGGCGGGGCUUUGCGCCCCCUAAGCAUAAGCAUUUUUUAUCAUCACUUUGAAAUUUUUCUGCGAAAAGUUAUGCGGAAAGGAGUACAGCUGUCUUUUUUUUCAGCGCAUCUCAAGACUUCAAGCUGUUCUACGUGAACGAGGAGGCGUCGAAGAUGUUCAGGUCGACGUUGACCGUCCGCGUGGUCGACGUCUUCGACCUGACCCAAUUCUCCACGCCGAUCGUCUUCAACGCUUCGGUUUCGGAUCACAACAGCAACGUCUCCGCCAUUUGUCAACUUCCGAGUGAUUUUUGGGCUUCUUUUUCAAAGUAUGAAAAAGUUUAAGAAAAUUGCGCCGCUGCUUCGUGUUCAUUGACCGAUAGUCUGGAAUUUUACGGGCUGAGUGAGAAUUUGAAGGCCAAGGUCUCUGUGCUUGCGGCUGGUCAAACUACGAAGUGAGUACAGAAAAAAAGAAAACGAUGCGAAAAACACAUGAAUAAAAGGGAAAUCUUCAAGUCGCCAAAUUUUUCUUCGAAAAAGUGUUGAUAAGCAUUGAAAAACCUUUUUUUCGAUUUUCGAGAUUUUCCGUUUGAAAGACUGUGGAAAAAUUUAAAAGUCUGAAAAUAAGAACCAUUUUCAGACUCACUUGUCGGGAUGGAUCCCAACAUUUGGAGUCUUGUUCUUCGCGAGGACAGCUCGUUCCCCACCCGACAAUGUUCAAUUGUGCAACUGGUUCGAGAAAAACAUCUACAAACGUAGAUCGAAUUGAAAACGAAGUUCAGACUACGUAGAACCUUUGGAGACGGCGAAGAAAAGCGUCUCGAGUUGCAACAAAUGCUUCAAACGCGGCACGGAAAGCUGUGGUCCGGCGGACGAGAAUUCUACCGAUUUAUACUGUAACUGCUCCCCAGACUAUAUGGUAAACUAGUCGGGUUACUGUAAUCAGGAAAGUGUGAACAGAUGUCAACGUGUUGGAAGAAAGUGGACCUCUGCGUCAAUGUCACGUGCAGUAAUCACGGAACGUGUCAAAUGUUGGACGUUGAGGUUGUUCUUGAAUGGUAUCUUCUGGUCGCAUUUAGAAUGGCUUUGCGGGGGUCGCUUCGGAACCGUCACGCGUUUAGCCAUUUCGCGUGCGACCAAAGUGACUGCUUUUCUUUUUUUUUUCCCCAAAGAUUGCUUCAAUUUCUCAUCUUAAUUAGAGCAUGUAACUUUUUGCAAAAAGAGAUUUUUUUGUUUUGAAAAAAAAAAUCUAUAUAAUCUCGUAAAAAAAGGAAAGUAAAUUUGAUCAAAUAGAUAUCGAACGUUUCUAGUAACCACUUUAGUAGCUUCAGCACUCUUAAGCGAUCCGCAGAUCUGAUCAGAAAAAUCCGGAGCGCGUCCGAUUUUCGUUACCAAGGCCCGAGUCGCAUUCUGUUUUAUCAAUAAAGCUUUUAUAUUUUGCUCAGUCGUCUCUUUUUAAUACUUGUCACGGUUUUGCUAUUUUUCCUCCUUUCCCCUUUUGAGUUGAAUGUUCUACUUCUGGGAAAUCAAAAACCGUUUUCAAAUUCAUAACUUCAGGCGGUUUGUGAGUGCGAUUUCGGGUAUGAAGGCGAUUUGUGUGAGGUUGACCGGAAUCCGGCCAGCCAUCGAAAUUCGAGCUCUUUUAUCGUAGGCCUUCCGAUUGAACACAAAAGAAACAAGGAACUUCCAAGGGACGAAUCGAUCUGGCGGACGCCACAGCGAUGGUUGCUGUACAGUUGUCGUUUUGGAGUGUGCUCGGACUUUUGUCGAAACUUCUUGGCAAGGUCAUCAUCGCCAACGAUGAAGACGUGAGUGCGGCGUGUAAAUUUCCUACGUUUUCAUGGAAGUUGGCAAAUUUUCAGACAGAUAGGCUAGCGCAAAAAAAAGCGCAAAAAAAAAACCGAUCGAAAAAAAUUUCAGAAAAAUGAAGAUGUGUUUUCUCCCGUCCUGCCUCAAAUUUGGUUCAAGGAAUGAAAUCCUAUUCUCUUCUCAAAUCAGGAGAUUUUUUUUAACAAAAAGCACGCCAAACUCAUUUUUCAAAGUUUUGAUUCUUUAACGGCGAAAAUUUUUUUUUGAAAGUUUGAGAAUUUCGUAUUGUACAGUUAACAGAAAUUCAAGAAAACCCGUAAAAUUAAGUUUUCUCCCAGAGUCAUUCAAAUUUAAAGGUUCAUGGUUUUGUGUUCCCCGAGCAUUCCAGUCGGAUGAAUGAUAUUUUGUAGCUGAUUCGCGGCUGGCUUGAGCCAUUUAAAAAAGGAUCCUAUAACGAAGAAAAAAGAGAUAAUACCUGGUUAUGUUUCGUGAAUCGACUACAAACCUUUUUUUACUUUAGAAAUGUCAUUUUGGUCAUUCUCACCUCAAUAAGAUGAUUUUAGGACCCACAAGAGAUCUACCAAACGCUUCGCGGCGUCAUUUUGACCUUUGCCACGAUGUGCGUCUUGUUUUUCUAUAAUCCGAACUUUUUGAGAAUCUCCCCGACCACUUGUCGCUUAUAUUUUCUGAUUGUUCAUUUCGCCUUUGGCUGGGGUUCGGUUUUACUCCAGUAUCAAAUUAUUCUUCAUUUGUAGCGUGUUCUCAAUGGAUUUUCGAAGGGUUCAACGUCAACGAAGUGCUUCGAUGUCGACAAAAGAAUCAGUGGGACCUCGAUUUCGAAUCGAGAAAGAGAAUGUAUUUUGGAGCCAUGGUUAGUUUGUUGAGUACCAAAAACGAUAAAGCUGUAAAACUGUGCUAUAGAGCUGCACUGAAGCCGGGAAAGUUUGAAAAUAAUUUAACGAAUUUCACAAAAAUAAAAUUAUUUGAUCUCGAAUCAUUCAGCUUUCAGAGAAUUGUUUAAAAAAAAAAACGAAGCUUAUGAAACGUGUAAACUGUCCAGAAACCUUUUUCCAUCAUUUUCUGUCUCCUUAUUGAACUUCCAGCCGCGAAUCCUGCCGUGUUUCCUGUUUCUGAUCUCGGUUUACGUGAUCAUCUACAACGCCAACUGGAGCAAGAUCGCGUCGACGUGGACCUGCCUCGGCGUGACCUGCGAAUUGACGACCAAUCUCUGGCUCCCCAUCGGUUUCUUCCUGCUCUGCAUGGGACUUCUCGCAACGGCCUUUGCGGAGAACAGCUACUUGGUCAUCCAGUUCGUCUACAGCCUAUCAAAACUUGGCUUCACCCUCUUCUCGAAGCGCGCUCUGUCGCACUCAACCUUCUAUUCUAAAAAUGUUUUCAGAGUCAUAGUUUAUUUUGACUUUCAGUUCUCCUUCUCUCAAGCUCCGCCUCUAAAUGCGCGAUAGACCAAACAGAGCAAGCCAUCCACAGCGCCUUUUUGAAUGACGUCAUUGCGUUAGAGAAAAUAAAUUAAAAAAAUUAAAUCAUGAGCUUGGAGCGGAAAAUAUAGUUCGGGACUCCACCAACCAGACACUAUCUCUUUUUUUAUCUGGUCAGGACCCUUUUUUCGACGGCUCAACCUAACCGUGUGUCAGCUAUAGCUAGCUGAAUCUGAAGCCAAGGUGCACUGGAGCGCGCUUUUUUUUCAGAAUUGGAGGGUGGAGGAAACAAAACUUCAAUCUUUCAUAAUACUCAUCUGAAAUCAAAAACGAAGACCUUCAGCCGACGUCCGCUGCUUCAUCUGAAGGUCCGAUCGGAGCUGGAGAAAUUCGACGGCUUUAAGAUGGGUCAGGUGACGGAGAAGUGUCUUCGGAACGUCACCUGGUCGUUGUGCGGCAUUUGGUGUCUCGAGCUUCUUUGGGUCUUCACCAUUCUCGCCUCCGACCACCCGAAAGACAAAGUCUUCGCUGGGUUUGUAUGAUCAUUCGUGUGAAAUUGUAAAAUUUUCGGUAUAUAUUCAUAAAAUACGAAGUUUCUGCAAAGUUGGUGUCAAUAUAAGCUAAAAAAUCAGAAAAAGGGUGAAUCAGAGAAAAAAAGAUGUUUCAAACCGAUAUUUUGAAACUUUCAAGCUCGGCUUUCCUGUUGUCCUUCGCUUAUUGCUUCAUUUCGGCGGCUCAAGGGAUCAUCACCUGUCCUUCGGUGUGUUCCAAGUGCUGUUCUGACAAAUAUGAAGUUUUGUGCAGACCUACGCGAAGGCCUCCCAUUUUUUCAUGGAACGUUUGCCGCCUUUUCUGGCGCCACAGUUCGAACCAGUGCAAUUCUGGACCCGAAAGGAACGACUGGCAAGAAAAGCGGCAAAGAUGAACAAGGAGCGGCCCGAGGGAACUGAUCCGUUUUCCGAUCCGGCUUCGGAGGUUUCAAGCUCGAAAAUCAGUUGAAAAUUUCUUUAGAAGGACAAAAUUUAUUUUUGAGGCUUUAUUGUGAUUUAUUUCAUGAAUUGAAGUGCAUGCUGAAAAAUAUGCAACGUUUAUUUCUGGCAGAGUGAGAUUAAUUUUUUUUUUGGUUUCAAAAUCAGUCUUCGCAAAUAAAUUCGAAAUGCUCUAGAUGAGCCAAUCACUAGUAGAUUCACUUCAACUUCAAAAAAAAUCGUGCCCCACGGAGAAUGGCUCGGCUACGGACCGGCCCAUAGAAAAUUCAUACUACCGAAAAAAAAAAAAUUCAUACUACCGAAAAAAAAGUUUUUUCUUGAACCUUUUCACAUGUUGUCAGAAAGUGUCAAUUCGUAAUUUUUUCAAUUUUCGGAAAUUCAGGAAUACAUUCCGGAAAAUGCGGUCGCCUACAUGGAGCAUCGUUGGAAACGCAAGGGCUCGGAGUUGUUUGAACAGAAAAUUCAAGUGGAGGAAAUUUUCACGGUUUAUUUUUGAUAUCAAGUUUUGAUACCCGAAUCGUUGCCGGCUUUUCACAAAUGUACUACAUUUUUAGUUUUAGUCCCCUCAUUUGAAAUGUGAGAUCCAGUGAAGUGAAGGUACAAGAAUCCCUAAGGUUGUAAGGUGUUUCCAAGGCUUCUCACCGUAGUUUGACGUCUGAAAGUUAUUUCAGUCGAAGUCAGCGCCGAACGGAACUCUUUUUUUUCGAUUUCUUUAAAACUCGCUAUUCUUCUGACCUUUGUAACAAGCUUGCUGUUUAUUAACAGUUAUUUUCAUUUAGAAUAAUAUUUCAGACUCUUCUUCUCGGGGAGCUCAAAUCUCUGAGGAAAAGCAACGCGUCGCAUUUUCGAGACGUCCAGAUAAUGUUUUCCCACAAAUUUUCGAAUGGGUUCAUUUUGGACACAAUUUUAGGCAUUUAUUCGUGCAAUGGAAGCAAAAAGUGAUGCAGAAAGGGCCGGAGAAGUACUUCCAGCAUGUUUGAAAGUUCAAAUAUUCCUUGGAAAAAGACAAAAACGCUCAGAAUAUCUCCGUGAUUUUGGAAAAAACGAGAUUAUGUACGGUGGAUCCGGACGGGAACGUCGAACUGCGCGAGUUUUUCGUCGUGCCGCCGAUUUCGCCGGUCUUUCUACGCCCCGAUGUACUGGCGCCUGUUUUUGGACUUGAACUUGUUCAAUUUUUCGGCUUCAGGAGCGCUUGGAACAGGAAGCGUUGAUAAACUGUGUGGAAGAGUUGUUGAAACAAGGCGAAGACGGGAAGCCAAGAAAACUUGAAAAUGGGUCUGUUUUUUUUCUUAAAUUUCAAAGAUCGCUCAAAAAAACAUGGAAACAUUCGUAAAGUAGAGUUAUCAGAAGGAUUAAGCUGGGAACUCCGUGGCCGCACUUGGAAUGGCUUUAGGCAUUAAAGUUGCGUUACGGCUGGAAUAGUGUCUUUAGCUGACUUCAUAUCCAAUAGCUUGCUCUAAUUUUUGCCGAGAACCUAAAGUAUCUUUGUUUCUUGCACAAAACUUUCUGAGUUUCGAUUGCCUAUGCUCCCUCAAAAAUCCCCAUAGCGAAUAUAUCAAACCGAUCAAAAAACGUCGCCAAAAAUUUCAGCGAAGGCGGCGACAUUGGCGAAAUCGACGCCGAAGAUUUCCUCCAGGCGGGUUUUCUCUUCAAUCUUUUCAUUGGCAAUCCGCGAAAAAAAAGAUCGAAAAACACGAGAAACGGUCGAAACAAUUUUUGCAGCGGUCGUUCGUCGCCGCUCGCCGACAAGUUUCCGAAGGACACAGUUUCCUUGAAGCCGCCCAGAACCUUUGA